AUGCUGUUUCUGCCCAGCUUACAUAAGCGCUUUCCUGCUGAAAAUAGUAGAGGGGAUAGGGGCUUGGGAUCUACAGGUUCCCGAUUUGCCUUUAUCUCAUUGGAACUGGGUGAUCGUCCAAUGUUAACAUUGACUGUGGAGGGACGUUCAUUCCUUGGUCUAUUGGAUACUGGAGCAGAUCGUAGUAUCAUCUCUGCUCAUGACUGGCCACCCAGAUGGCCUACACAAACAUCAUCUCAGGCCCUGCGUGGUCUAGGGUACGAAAUGGCUCCUUUAAUGAGCUCCAAAGAAUUGACAUGGAGAGACACAGAAGGAAGAUCAGGAAAGAUUACUCCCUAUGUUAUAGACAUACCAGUAACGCUGUGGGGUAGAGAUGUUUUGGUAGAGCUGAACAUGAUACUGACAAAUGAUUAUUCCCCACAAGUCCAAGAUAUGAUGGAAAAAAUGGGCUACGUGCCUAGAAAGGGUCUGGGAAAGAACUUACAAGGACGAGUUGACCUAGUAUGGUCAAAACAGAAACAUGACAGAACGGGUCUGGGUUUUUCCUAG